CGGUAUCAAUGCCCCUAAGUAUGACAUAUUUGGUGACGCUAUCUGUGGUGGCUCCAUGCUGAAUGAAGAAUGGAUUAUGACUGCUGCCCAUUGCGUAACGGGAGGAUUUGAAGAUUCGGAAACGUAUGGGGAGACUGUUCCUCCAUACACCGUGGAUGUAUCAUUGGGACUCCAUAGGAGGAGUGUGCCGACUCAGCACACUAUCAAUAGAACCGUUCGUGAAAUCAUCAAACACCCUAAUUAUGACCCUUCGACGUUUGACUCCGAUGUGGCAUUGAUACAUCUCAAUGAAUCCAUCAAAUUCACUGACUUCAUUCGACCAAUCUGUCUCCCACCACAAAGCACCCACUUUAAGGAGGAUGACGACGAACGCGUGUACAUCCCUAACGUAGCCGACGAGGAUAUAACGGCGGUUGUGAUUGGCUGGGGGAAGAUCUCAGAACAUGGACGGACCUCUGAUACGCUUCGAGAGGUGCACGUUGGUGUCGAUGUGUCACGAGUUGAAUGUAACGUGAGGCAACAUCUUGAUGUCACGCGUAACAUGGUAUGUGCGGGAUCAAGAGAAGGUGGGCGUGACGCUUGUAGAGGCGAUAGUGGGGGUCCGUUGAUGCUACAAGACGACGUCACCAAUCGCUAUUUUACAUACGGAGUGGUAUCAUGGGGUGAUGGAUGUGGACGUGAAGGCAACUUUGGCGUUUAUGUGCGGAUCGAAAACUUUGUAGAUUGGAUACAAUCUAAAAUAAGGACGCGUGUCAUCAUCGCUUCAAUAUUGAUGUACCUCGUCCAUUUUCCUGUCAACACAACAUGCGAAACUGAGCAACGAAGCGCCCUCUACGGGCAGAUAGAGUCACCAGACUAUCCUGAGCCGUAUGGUGAUAACGUAGAUAGAGUCUGGAACAUAACCGUGCCUGACGGAUUCACAAUAGUCUUGUACUUCAGUCUCUUCGAGCUAGAAGCUUCAUUAGAUUGUGCAUAUGACUAUGUCAAGGUGUCAAGUUCCAAAGAGACAGCAACCUUCUGUGGCAAUGGUCAGUUCUUGGAGUUUAGAACCCCACGUGACAGGAACAUGACGUCACCAAAUAACAACAUGGUGGUCGAGUUUCAUUCGGACUAUUCCAAUGAAGAACAGUUCUCUGGAUUUGUUGCACAUUACCAAGCCAGGGUUUCUUGCAGGGAUAUUGUUUAUACCUCAGAUGAAGAUGACUUCCAGACUCCUGACUAUCCUGACGAUUAUCCGCCGAAUGCUGAUUGUAACUGGCUGAUAAAUGUCGACAUCGGAUACUCCAUUAACAUCGUGUUUGAAACAUUCCAGAUAGAAUCGCAUCCAACUAUACUCUGUCCUUACGACUAUGUCAAAAUUUAUUACGAUAACGAGGUUAGAGGGCCAAUGUGUGGCGAUUCACAAACUGAUCUACCCGCAAGUUUCUCCACAUCCGGGAACAUUGCCAAUGUGACGUUUCAUUCCGAUCAAUCAGUACAGAGAAUGGGAUUCCGGGCUCGGUAUGACGUCACAGGUCGAUCUUGUCCCGCCCUCUACCGGCCUACAUAUGGUAUGAUAUCAGGAAGUAACUUUACCUUUAGAGACUCUGUUCGAUUCAGCUGCAAUGAUGGCUACGUUAUAAAUGGCUCCACAUCGAGAUCAUGUCAAGCUAAUGGCACCUGGUCUGGUAUCCAACCUACCUGUGAAAUUGUAAAAUGCAACAUCCCACAGCCCAUCAGUAACGGUGAGAUCAAGUACUACUCCGGUAUGAAUUUCAGCUACUCCAAUUCCAUUGGUUUUGUGUGUAACGAUUAUUAUGAAAUGGAAGGCAUGAGUUCGAGUGAAUGUGGAGUGAAUGGAACAUGGACACCAGAGCCACCAGUGUGUGUACCAAUAUGUGGUGAGAGUUCUAUUAUACCAAGAGGCCUUUCGACUGGACGCAUUGUCGGUGGUCAAGAGUCUACACCGGGCUCAUGGCCGUGGCAAGUACUGAUCAAUAUCAACGCCCCUGGGUUUGGACUAAGAAACGUCAUCUGCGGUGGCUCCGUGUUGAAUGAAGAAUGGAUAUUGACUGCAGCCCAUUGCCUCACUGCAACCAAAAGCUACCUUACAACGUAUGGCGAAGUUGUACCCAACCACACCGUGGUUGUAUCAUUGGGGAUUCAUAAGAGAGGCAGUCCGGCUGAACACACUAUCGUCAGAUCUGCAUUUGAAAUCAUCAAGCAUGCUGAGUUUUACCCUGUAACCUACGAUAACGAUGUGGCGUUAAUUCACCUCAAUGAAUCCAUCCGAUUCAAUAACGUCAUACGACCAAUCUGUCUCCCACCACAAAACACACACAUUGAGCAGGAUGACGACGAACGCGUGUACAUCCCUAACGUAGCCGACGAGGAUACAACGGCGGUUGUGAUUGGCUGGGGGCAGAGGGGCCAGGGCCUGUCUACGUCAAACGUACUGCUAGAGGUUUACGUUGGUGUCAAUGUGCCGAGGGACCUAUGUAAUAUGAAGCUAAAUGAUCCUGUUACAACUAACAUGGUUUGCGCUGGAUCAACAGAAGGUGGUCUUGACAGUUGUCAGGGGGACAGCGGGGGACCGUUGAUGCUACGAGAUGACGUCACUAAUCGCUAUUUUACAUAUGGAAUAGUAUCUUGGGGCGAGGGAUGCGCAAAAGCAGGCAAGUUUGGUGUGUAUGUGCGCAUCGAGAACUUCGUGGAUUGGAUCCAAUAUGAGACAUUUGUGGAGCGUUGAACCAGAGGACGGAUGUAACGUCAAAUCAAACCACUAGUGUCUAAAACGACUGCAUAAUGUAAGGUCAUUAAUGUUUACCCGAUGAAAAUAUUUCCAUCACUCUAUUUAAAGUAUUAUCAUUAUAUUAAGCAGUAAUUCCAUGAAGAUGGUCUCCAAAUACCGGUGCAGCGUAAUCAUUUUAUGUUCUUUUGUGUUUUAAAAUCGCUCUUCUCAUUAUCGCUUGUUAUAUCGCUUACAUAUUUUGAGAACGUGCAAGCAUCCUGUAGACUAGGCAAAAAGCAAACCUCUUGGUAAAAAGUUGUAAAUUCUGUAUGUUUUUUUUGUAAUUUUUAAACAAUUCUAUUUUUUUUAUUU